AUGACUUGGAGAAGGGUGACUCAGAAGCUUAGCAAGCCUUUCUCCAAUCUAACCAAGCUAGAAAGGUUUCUUCAAGCCUUGCGCGUGGGAAGUGCUUGUCUUGCAAUUUUCUUCUCGUUGAUGGUUUUGGUGGGGCCGGCCGUAAACAAUAGGCUCUACAUGACCAGGAUCAACUGUGCACACUUGGACGUGUCCUAUGGACUAUACAACUCGCUAAGAAGUAGUGUUAGCUUGGCACCAACUAUAUUCGGGGAUAACGACAGCAAGAACCAGCCCAUGGGCAAUAGUUUAACCAAUAGCGAAAUCAAGCUAUUGUCGGAUUAUGCAGAAGCUCAGGUCGCAGGCGCUCCACAAUACUGCACGUCGUCGCUUUGGUCAUGGUGUUAUGGGAAUUACGAGUCUUAUCAAACAGUGGACAAACUGGGGAGAGAAGUAACAAAGACAAGAAACGAGGUCUUGACGUGUUCGAAAAGGAGAGACUACGCGUUCGAUUACCGGUCACAGUUGGAGGAGAUGGGCUUACAAAGUAUCUUGGCCUACGCCUACCAGAGCCAAGUUCUGAAGAGCACGCAGUAUUCCGAGAGCGUGGCUUCUCGAAACCACCGCUCCUCCUUGGCUAUGAAUGGUAUUGUGUUUUCCUGUUGCGCUCAACUCAUGCUCCUUGCUUCGGCAUUGAUCAUCUACGCAAAUAGAGGAUUGGAACGCGACUUGAGCAAGAUCCCCAAUGUCGUGUUGCAUGCACUUGCUGUGCUCUCGUUGAUUGCUUGUCUCAGUUCGAUCAUCAGUCUGUCUUUGAUUACAAACUUGGUGAUAAUUACAAGAAACGAGGUUGCGAGUAAACUAAAGGACUUUGGGGUGUCCUUUAGCCGGGGCUACACUUGGUUCACGCUUCUUUGGUUGACAACAGUGUGCUGCAUCAUAACAAUGGCGAGCUGGGCUCUUCCAUUGUGGUGUGCAAACCCUCCACCUGAGCCCAAGUACAAGACCGAUGACUCUAUACUUAUCGGCAAGUAUACUCAGUAUUUCUGA